ACUUUGAUGAAAACCGAGCCAUAUUGCCUAUGCUUGCAAUAUGAUUGCCUAUGCUUGCAAUAUGAUUGCCUAUUGCAAUAUGAACACCAUAUAAAGUGAAGUUGUGAGAUAUUGAAUGAAUUUGUGAGUGCGUGUCAUAGUUGAUGGGCAAUAGUCGGGCAAUAGGACUCGUGUUUUAAAAAGUACCCACAAAAUCGAGCUUGAGAUACAAUAUGGGUAAGAUCAUGACAUCUUAAGAAGGAGCUACAACAGCCACGCUCAGCUGUGAAGAUGUCAGACCAUGAACCUGUCCAAGAGGAGGAUAGUAGGCCACCUGAUGAUGCGGACCUGCCACCACCGAGUGACGACCCUCCUCCAGCAGAAGCUGCUGCACCUGCCACAGAAGGAGACCCCCCUUCUCCCCACUCUGACCAACCACCUGAUGAUGGUGCUAUCUCCAGCUCACAUACAGAGGCCUUGUCAGCACCUGAUGCAGCUCUGAUGCCCAGCGACGCUCCGGCUGAUGUUCCAGGAAAUGGGACAGGAACUGGACAAGGGACAGUUGGAGGAGACACUGAUCCCAGCACUGCUGAAGGAGGACCCGAUGAUUCCGUCCCACCGUCAGGUGAAACAGGGACUGGGGAGGCAGUGAUGUCAGAGGGGACAGAGGCCAGUCCACAGGCGGAGGCAGCGGAGGAGAUGUCUGGCGCUGACGGGGAGUUCGGACCUCUGAAUCCAGACGGUCUGGUAGCCACACCGUCCACCUCUCUGCGUCCGACGCCCAGCGAGGCGCUGCGGCCGGCGGCGCCCCCACCGAGCGAGCUCCAGUUGGAGCCGUCACAGGGUCCCGGCUCCGGAGACCGGCUCUACUGGGAGGAGCGGCUGGCCGCGCUCAGCGAGGACCGGGACGGUGAUGACCUUCCCGCACUACCGUUCGAUGGUCUCGGGACCACCGCUCAGCCGACCGGACCGCCGGUGGUGGCGGCAGCCGCUCCGCCGGGACGGAGAUCGGUGUCUCCCUACCCGCUGUACGAGCCGCCCGAGGGCACUGUCACCGACGAUGGCAGUGAGCUGUCGGGCCAAUUCAGCUAUGACGAUAUGACGCCGCGCAGUGUACCCUACCCUCGAUACCGAGCCAUGUCUCCCGGCGGGGACGCCGCCCCAGCCGGGGACGGGGAAAACGACGGGUCCAUCCCCGCGGCCCCCACCAGUGACCGGGACAGCCAGCCGGCCACCGAGCCGGCCGGAGCCGAGUCGACCGGCGGUGACUCUCGGCGCUCCUUGUCAGCCGGCGGAGCGGGACGCGGCAGCGGACGGCCCGAGAAGCCGCUCCUUCCGCCCGACCACCCGCUGAUGGAGAGAUUCCAGAGGGCGCUGGCCGCUCUGCUGAGGAAGCAGAUCGGGAAGCUGGACCUAGACCUGGUGGAGCUGCGGAAGGAGCAGCGCUCCCGCACGAAACACCGCGAGUCGUGCGGCGUGCAGCUGUACGAGCGGCAACUGCAGCUGGCCAGACAGCAGGAGCAGCAGCUGCAGCUGCAGCAGCGGCUCUCGGAGGCCGCCGAGGCGCGGGCAGCUGCUGAACAGACGCUCACCGCCGUCCGACAGAGACAUGGCGAGAUUGGGAAUCGUCUGGAGGCCGAUAGGGAGAGGGAGCGGGAGCUGCGUGCCGAUGUGUCUGCUCUGGAGAAGAACGAAUACCACCUGAAAUCACUGGAGGCGGACGCCGACACGGAGCUGCAGCUUCGACAGAAAAUGGCCGAGAGGGCCGAGGCAGAGAUGUCUCAGUUGGAGCAGGACAAGCAGAGACAGGAUUACCUGAUUGCUCGUCUGUCAUCGGAUGCCGACCGUCUGCGCACGGCCAUCCGUCUGAACCAGGUGCAGACGGGCGCUCAGACUGAGGAGGCCAACCUGGCCAGACAGGUGCUGGCAGAGGCGCAGCUUGAACUCGAGACGCUCGUGAUGGAGCGUCGUCACCUGACGAUGACGUGGACCAACAGUCUGAACCGGAUGCAGAAACGGGACGAGGAGUACUCGCAGCUACAGAGCGACGCCAGUAAGCUGUCUGCCGACCUGCACACCAUCGACGGAGAGAUAUCGGGAUACAUGCGCUCCAUCGCGCAGGCGCAGGAGGACAACGAACAGCUCAUGAUGCAGCGCAAACGACUCCAGGCCGAGAGGGACAAAUUCAAACGUGCGUACGACCAUACUAUGUCCAAGUUUGACGAACACAAGACCGAGUACGCCAAGUUCCGUCACAUCCUGGGAGACACAGAAGACAAGCUCUACCAGUGUCAGACGGAUCAGCGGCAUGUGGAGCGUCGUAUGAAGCACCUGCAAGCCGACAUGGAGCGGGUGACGGACCUGAAGCGGCAGGUGGAGGACAAAAUCCUGGAGACGAUGCAGGAGCGGCUGACGGCAGACAGUGCCGGGAAGUACACGGCCAAAAUCGUGCACAAGACCAGGGAGGUCACCAAAUAUAUGGAGGGUCAGGUCGCUGACGUGGAGAACAACAUCGCCCGCCUGCUGCUGUCCGUCUCCAACGCCUCCACGGCGGUCAGCUACAUGAACACGGUGCUGGAGCAGCUGCUGGCAGAGGUCCGGCUGGCCGAGGAGAACCUCAACCGGUACCAGCAGGAGGUCCACCGCGGCAACGCCGUGAUCCAGCACAAGCAGAACAAAGUGCAGGAGCUCAACGCACGGCUGGGACAGCUGAUCGCGGCGGCUGGGGGCCAGGAGCUGGGUCCUUUAGAGAUCAUGAUCGCCUCGCUGCACAAGGGAAUUGACCAGCUGCAGCAGCAGGUGGACGGCGUUCAGCAGUACUACAUCCGUCUACAGAAUGACCUCGUGUUCUCAACGCAGGAGCGCGACCAGCUACAACACGUGGUGCACACUAGAAAAAAAGAGCUACUGAUCAUGGAGCAGCGUAAGUUGCGCGUGGAACGCUCCAUUGAGACGGAGAGCAGCUCGCUACACGCUGUGGAUCUCAAUGUAAAGCAGCUGCGCCAGGCAGUGUGUCAUCUGAACGUGCGGCUGGCAGGUGAGACGCGCCUUCACCACCAGCUGGCGGCCAAUACGUCCGUCAUGGAGUACGAGCUCUGCCACCAGCUCCGGGAGACGGAGACGGAGUGUGUCCAGGUGCGCGGUCAGAUCUCGGAGAAGGAGCAGCGCCGCGCCACGCUGAUAGCCCGGAUGGCGGACGCCGGUGGCACAGAGCUGCUCUGGGAGCAGAAGAUCGCCCUGCUCAAACAGGCCAAAGAGAAGCUGAGAGGCGAAACGGGCUGUGCGGCCGAGGUGCAAGCCAUGAGGCUGGAGAUUCACAGGAUGCAGGUGCGGUACGGCCAGCUGCUGCGGGACCAGGAGCGUCUGAUGACAGAGAUGGAGCGGGCCGUCGACCGGCGCGGCACCAUCGCGCUGCGGGCAGAGAACGCCGAUCGACGCGGGCGCCAGAAGGCCGUCAACUUCUUCCAGCGACAGAAGAAGCUGGAGGAUCUCAGACGGAGGUUCAAGCACGCCAGACGGGACGCUUCCCACCUGGCCGGUGAGAUCCAGCGAGCGGAGCGGCACCUGGAGAACUUGACCUCUGAGGCGGUACCGGGCCGGCGGGCGGCCGUCAGUGGACUGCAGCAGCUGCUGGAGAGGCUGCGGGAGGGCCUCCAACACCGCGCCGCGCUCCGCGGACAGAACCUAGGCCGUAUCGUUCUGAAGCAGCAGAGCUCGCGAUACUACCAGAGCGUACUGGACGGCACCUACAGCCCGCACCUGAGGUCCCGCACCAAACUGCAGCUGGAGCUGGAAGGAGUCGACGAGAAACAUAACAGUGUGCGACUGCUGGUGCUGCAGCUACUGAGGGAUCGACCUCAGCUGCAGGAGAGGCUCGCCUUCGUCAGGGACUUGCUGAAGCUGUAGGCGGUGCCGACCAUCUUCUCAGGCUGUGGGCAGUUGCCGAGGUUGGUAGGGGAGACGAUUGAGAAGACGGUGCCGAAAACAGUGAUUAAACGACGAGGACUGGGAUAUGAGGGCAAACGAGAGUGACGAUGAAGGUGACAAAGAUCUUCUCGAGCUGAAGGAGAUGCGGAAGACUGUGGUGAUAGCGGUGAUAGAAAAUAUGAGGACUGGUUGGGGGUGGGGACACUGGACAGAGAUGGUGGCGAACUGUCCUCGAUGUUGAUGAUUGCUCAAACUGUAGAGGCUGGUGGAGAGAAAAAGGAUAUGAUGGGGCGGAGAUUAAAUGAGUAAGGAACUUCUAAGAAGUUAACUAAGCGAGCUGUGUGGUGGUAGAUGUCUGACAGUAAGAUUGACAUGAUGGCACCGAUGGAUUCCAUUAUGGGUACGACUGGUACGAGCGUCGUAACGAGUGUGCUGUUCUUAUUCCAAAAUUAGCAGUGCAGCCAGUCUAAUGAUGCGUCCUCUGCAUUGCUGAUGUAUUUCCCACCAAGUGGUAUCUAACGCUAAGCCAGACGGUUGCGGGCUGAUCCCACUGGCGUGAGAUCUCAAGAGCUACAGUUGUCAGUUUGCGCUGAUUGAAUGCUGCUUGUUUAACAAUAGAUCUCCAUGAUUUA